AUGGCUGUUGUUGAACCACCUAAACAACUUUUAGUGCCUUUAAAAGUUGAAGAACGGUUGUUAAUGGGCCCAGGUCCUUCAAAUGCCCACCGAAGGGUACUGGAUGCCUGCGCUCAACCGAUUUUGGGGCUCUUAGACCCACGGUUUUGUGCAAUUAUGGAUGAAGUAAAGUUAGGUUUACAGUACAUUUGGCAGACGAAAAAUAAGCAUACUUUUGCGCUAAGCGGUACUGGUCAUAGUGGUGUUGAAGCUUCCAUCAUUAACAUGACAGAAAGAGGCGAGAAAAUAAUGAUUUGUGUCAAUGGAAUUUGGGGGGAGAGAGCGUCUGAUAUGGCUGAAAGAAUAGGCAAGUGUCUUCUUUGUUUAUAUUUGUACGUAAUUAUAGUCAAUACGUUGAUAUUUGAAGUGUUUAAUUACUCAAAUUUAUAACUAGUUGAUUGCGUUGUCAUAGAGCUAUAAUACAAAGUCUUCAUUUAGGUUAUUUUGGUAACUCGUUUCAUUUUAAUAGCAGCAGUAUUUUACUCUGUUUAAUGCCUAUAAGGUGUUAAGCUAACCCAUAGAGUGGCAGUACUCUCCCCUGACCAGUAAAAUCGUCUGGCAUUAGACAGAGUAAAAUAAUAAAGUAGGGUCAGUAUGGUGCAUUGCCACUUAAAGGGUUACCAGUCUGUUUAGUGUGAACCAUUAAGCUACAAUGCCCCCUAUGCUUUCUGUAUUGUUAUUUUACUCUGUCUAAUGAAGAGGCUUUAGAUGGCUUUGUACUCAAUUUCUGUCCAUUUUGACAUUUUUCUCAAUUUCUACAUAUAUAUCUGCCUGUGUCAAAUGCAAUGUCCUAAACUCAUUUUUCGUAAUUUUGUUAGGUUGUGAUGUCAGAAAGAUAGAGAGACCUAUUGGUGAAGUUUUUACUUUGGAAGAUAUACAAAAGGUUAUUGUUUAAAUAUUUGACCAAAUUACUGUACUACUAGACUUAUGAUCUGUGCUGACCAACUUGGACAAAGCAAAAAUCUUUGUCUGAUGAUUCAUCUGUUUAUAUGUGUGGCAAACAGACAAAUUAUCUGUUAUGCCAAAUUCUGGCAAUGUGUAUUUUGUCUAGAUAUACAAAUGGACUUGAAUAACAAACCUAUCAUUACACUGUCUAGCACUUGAUGCAAGAAAAAUAAAAGCCUGAUUGCAGAUUAGGUGCAAUGUCAUUAAGCUGCAUUGUGCUCCAAUGUGCCCAACUUUAUUAUUUUACUUUGUCUAACACCAGACAACUUUUACUCGAGAGUGUUGUCACUCAAUGGGUUAAACAACAUUUUAUUUGAAUUUCAGGGAAUAGAGGAGUAUAAACCAGGUGUAGUGUUUAUCACUCAUGGAGAGUCAUCAGGCACAACAUGUCAACCUCUGGAAGGCAUUGGAAAACUCUGUCAUAAGUGAGUGCCAGUUGUUUACACACAUAUGACAGUUAUUAGUAGCGAUACACCCUAAUUGAAGUCUGCAAAAUAUGCCAAUCUAAAUCCGACCUGACACAUCUCGGCAUUUUAAAAAUCUGUUUUCCAUGUCUUGGGGCACUAGUAAUCACAUAUUUACAAAUCAUUGAAAAGUAACAUGACAACUGACUUUUUAACAGAAUUUGAAUUUUCCAUUGUAGCAAUGAUUGUAUAUUGAUCGUGGAUAGUGUGGCGUCUCUCGGAGGAUCACCUUUGAAUGUGGACGACCUUGAAAUUGAUGUUGUAUAUAGCGGUUCACAGAAAUGCCUGGGUGCUCCACCUGGGUUAAGCCCUAUAUCACUUAGUCCUCGAGCUUGGUGAGUAAAAGUAUAUACCUCAGUCUACAAUAUGCUGAUGUUUGUGUCUGAACUACCUGAAAAACAUAUCUCAAAUGUGGUGGUCCAGUGUAGGUAGUAUUCUACAAUAAGCUGUCGUGGUUUGUGCCUAAACUACUUGAAAAAGAUAUCUCAAACGUGGUGGUCCAGUGUAGGUAGUAUUAGACAAUAAGCUGCCGUUCUAAAUUGUGUCAGAGUUGCUGAUAAUUUCAUUCAUAGUUGUUGGCUUUGAUGAUGAAGAUAUUUUGUUAAAUAUUUCACAGGAAGAAAUUACAAUCAAGAAACACAAAGGUUCCAUCAUUUUAUUUUGAUCUCACAAUGAUUGCAAACUAUUGGGGAUGUGACGAUGGUCCACGCAGGUAAAAAUGAUCACAGAGUGUGGUUAGAUUACUACCCCGAUACAUGUAGCUCACAAGAUUUAUCUACAUACAGCAUGUUAGAAUAUAGGGUGACUUCACUUCACCGACUUUAUUUGCUUUUCAAAUGUCAUAUUUGUGGAGUAGAGUUGGUCAGGGCAAGAGAGUUCACAAGCAUUCUGUCUUUCUGAUAUGCAAUGUCCAUCACAGCAUUUAGUUUUUAUUCCUAUUUUCCUAUAGAUAUCAUCACACUGGACCAAUUAACUCUGUUUAUGCUUUGCGAGAGGCUCUUUCAUUGGUUGUUGAAGAGGUUGGUUUGGGGAGAUAUUUACAGUAAUGAUAUAAACAUUGUUGUGUCAAAUGCUCAGUUUGUAAGUAUAAUCGGACAUUUUCAUCGGAUUUUAGGGCCUUGAAAAUUUCAUUGCAAGACAUCAGAAAAGUGCUGAACUUUUGCAAGAUGGUUUUGAGAAAAUGGGAUUCGCAUUUCUCGUUCAGGAUAAGGUGAUGCAAAAUAAAUAUUGCUAUCAUGUUAAAGUUAUGUUAAAGUUUGGUAGCUCACAAUAAGAAUAGUGACAAAUGCUUUAACAUGAUCCUGUAUUUUUAGCGUCAUCGUUUGCCCACUAUCACUGGUGUGCUCAUUCCACAAGGUGUUGACCAGAAAAAAGUUUCAGCAUUCAUUGGCGAAAAGUAUGUAAACUACUGUAACCUUAUUUGUACUGGAUAGCUCUAUCAGUUCUAAACUGUUCUUCUUAGAGGUCCAGCAAGGAUCAUCUCGUAUUGAUCCAGUGUUAUUACAGGAGGAAACCUAAACUAAACUAUAACUUUAUUUGUACUGGAUAACUCUAUCAGUUCUAAACUGUUCUUCCUAGAUGUCCAGUAAAGAUAAUUUCUUAUUGAUCCAGUGUUACUACAGGAAGAAACCUAAACUAAACUAACUUUAUUUAUACUGGAUAGCUUUAUCAGUUCUAAACUGUUCUUCCUAGAGAUGCAUUGUUAGUAAGGAAAUUGACGUCUCAUUUUUCUUCAGGUAUAAAAUGGAUAUUCCAGGCGGUCUAGGAAAAUCUGCAGGCAAGGUAAAUAUUGUUUAACAUCAUGAUCCAGUGAUCUGAAUGUUCCAUUGUCUCUUUAUUGUUUUGAUUCUAUGUCUACCGCAGCUAUUUGCCUGUCUAUUUGUCAGAUCUCCGUUUUCAAAAGCCAGAAUCCCUUUUUCAAAUACCAAAACUCCCUUUUCCAAAGCCAGAACUAGUUUUCAAAAGCUAGAACUCCCUUUUCAAAUGCCAGAACUGCAUGGGGUUAGAACAGUUCAAUUUUGACAAUAUGAAACAUCACAAUUUCCAAGCUUCAAGCGAAGCGGGCAAGUUUGGACCACGCCUACCUGCAAAAAACCCCUAAAUUAUACAGGCAUGGUUUUGAAAAUCUUGCUGUUCUCCAUGCCAUCCAUUGGUGAUCAGAAUGUUCCAUUGUCUUUUCAUUGUUUUGAAAAUCUCGCUGUUCUCCAUGCCAUCAUAGUUAAUAGAGGAGAUGGUUUGGAAACUCGUUAGCAUUACAAUAAAAUCACAAUAAACCUCAUUAUCUAUGUUGUUCAGGUUUAUGCAAAAAUGUGGUCUUUCAUCGUCACAUGCGUAUUGUAUUUUUCUCAAGUCAACCAAUAGGAAUGUUCAAAAUGUCCUAUUGUUAAAGUCAUGGAUGGGCAAUUGGACAAAACCGUUGCUAUUGGCUGGUUGAGCAAAAAUACAAUACGCACGUGACGAUGAAAGACCACAUUUUUGCAUAAACCUCAACAAAAACAUAGAUAGUGAGGUUUAUUGUAAUGCUAAUGAGUUUCCAAACCAUCUCCUCUAUUAACUAUGAUGCCAUCCAGUCAUGAUCCAGUGAUCUGAUAUGCUUGUAUUAGCGUGCUUAUGAGAAUCCCUGUCAUAAGCACGCUCAUAUUAGUCGCUCUCAGUGACUAAUAAUUUUUUGGGAGGAAGCAAAUUUGCCCCCCUUCCCACCUCCUAACGCCGCCACUGCCCCUUACAUUUUAUACCGCUUUUAUCUAUUAAUCAGAUUGCUCGAAAUUCUACUGCUAUAUUGUAGAUCUGGCGUGUUGGUUUGAUGGGUGUGAACAGUACGAAAGAUAAUGUCAAUCUUGUCCUAAAAGCUUUCCAGGACGCCAUGGAUAAUAUCAAAUUACAAAAUAAUUUGUAG